CGUGACAUUUUACGCCUUCUUGUAGACGGAUGUGUAGUUUUAUGGCGGACUGAGACGUGGUAGGAAACCGAGGACUGGGUGGAGACGAGACAAACUUUAGCUCGCAUCCUUUCCAGACCAGACUAACCGUUUUAUAAAAGCUCAAAUCCCUCUCAGCCGCUUUUAUUCGGGUUGUUUAAUCGUUUAUGCUGAUUUGUAUGUCCUUUACAAAACUCUCAGAUGGAUUGUAAAACUUCAGCCAAACUUAAACGUCUUCUGUUGUCAGAAAGGAAAAGCUUUUCCCCUGAGUAUUUUUUUUUCUAGUGGACUUUUAAAGUUGCUGAACAGUUAAACUGACAGAAGAAGAAAAAAAAAGGACAUUGGCUCUUUUAAACUUGCUCCAGCUGGAAAUUUCUGCAACAACACGAUGGCCAGUCCAGAAGACAUGAUCGAGCCAGCGGCUGUGUCCUCAGUUGUACCCCACCUUAGCAGGAGGCGCUUCUUGCAUGAUAACCACGAUCUGAGUCCAGAUGAAUUAGACGGCCUCAUAAAAAGUAGUGAGGGCCGUCCUUUCACAGUGGUUCAUCAUCUGCCUGAAGUUAAAGAUCGUGGUGUACCUUACUUAAUGACCGGUACUCCUAUUACAUGCAAGGUGGACAACACAGAGAAAUACACCACCCGCUCAAAGGUGGUGGUAGGAACCCUGUACACUCUGCGGUUAACUCAUGGACACUUUCACUGGGAAGUGAAGCGGAAGUACAAGCACUUUCAGGAGCUUCACCGAGAGCUUUACAAACACAAGAUGAUGCUUCACUAUCUGCCUCUGGGAAGGUUUGCAAAGGACCGGCAGCAGCUGAUGAUUGUCUCAGAGGUAAUGCCCACCCUACAGGGGACAGAACGCACCAGAAGAACCUCAAGCAAAAUGAAAUACCUUGAGGAGUACCUAAAUGAUCUGCUGGAAAAUGCAUUCUGUAGAAAUGAUCACAGCAUGCUUGAAUUCCUCUCGGUCAGUGCCCUUUCCUUUGUCACUGAUCUGGGACCCAAAGGCCUAGAGGGGCCGAUCAUGAAGAGGUCGGGCGGUCACCGGAUUCUGGGUCUGAACUGCAUCGGCCAUCAUCAGGUCUGUUUUCGCUGGUCACACCGCUGGUUGGUGGUCAAAGACUCCUUCCUCUUGUACAUGAGCCGAGACAACACUGAAAUCAACUUUGUGCUGCUUUUUGAUUCAACGUUCAAUGUAAAAGUGGGUCAUGCUCACACAGGGACAAAGUAUGGAGUCUGCAUUGAGAACUACACAAGGAAUUUGAUAAUCAAGUGUAGCAGCUACAGACAAAGUCAAUGGUGGAGCCAUGAAAUAAAACGGCUGGCUCAGUCCUGUGACUUUCUGAAAGAGCACCGCUUUAGAGGAUUUGCUCCACCGCGAGAAGACACUCUUACUAAAUGGUAUGUGAACGGGAAAGACUACUUUGCAGACCUGGCUGAUGCCCUUGAACAAGCUAAGGAGGAGAUUUUCAUCACAGAUUGGUGGCUCAGCCCUGAAAUCUUCCUAAAGAGACCUGCCACUGACAACCACUGGAGACUGGAUGAAAUACUUAAACGAAAAGCAGAACAAGGUGUCAAAGUAUGUAUCCUGCUUUACAAGGAGGUGGAGGUGGCGCUUGGUAUCAAUAGUGACUACAGCAAGAGGACUCUGAUGAACAUCCACCCAAACAUCAAGGUGAUGCGACAUCCGGACCACGUCUCAUCUGCGGUGUUCCUGUGGGCUCAUCAUGAAAAGAUGGUGGCCAUUGACCAAACUGUGGCCUUUGUAGGGGGAAUUGACCUGGCGUUUGGCAGGUGGGAUGACAGACGGUAUCGGCUGGUUGACUUGGGUCAGGCAGUGACGUUAAAUGGGGAAACGGAAAAGCAGCCAAACAAAGAUGCAACUGACAAUCGUGCAGCUGAUGGCGAAAACACAGAUAACCAAACAGAAAAGGACCCAACUAAUCUGGCCGGUAACACUAAACUGUGGCUUGGCAAGGACUACAGCAACUUCAUUAAAAAAGACUGGACCCUAUUGGACAGGCCAUUUGAAGAUAACAUCGACCGUAGUAAAGUUCCUCGCAUGCCUUGGCGUGACCUGUCUGCAGCUAUGCAUGGCAAAGGUGCCAGGGAUGUCGCCCGGCAUUUUAUCCAGCGCUGGAAUUUCGCAAAGAUCUUCAAGAUCAAAUACAAGGAUAACUUCUACCCCUACCUUCUCCCCAAGUCUCACACUACGGCAGAUUCGCUGCCAUUUACUGUGCCUGGGUCCCAGAAAGCCAAGGUUCAGGUGCUGCGCUCCGCUGAUCAAUGGUCAACAGGAAGCUGUGAGAACUCGAUCCUACAUGCCUACAUUCACACUAUUGAGAACAGCGAGCACUAUAUCUACAUUGAGAACCAGUUCUUCAUCAGCUGUGCUGAAGACAAGGUCAUCCACAAUAAAAUUGGGGAUGCAAUUGUGGAUCGAAUCCUGCGAGCACACAGAGAGCAGAAGAAGUACAGAGUGUUUGUGGUGAUUCCUUUGCUUCCUGGCUUCGAGGGAGACAUUACCACUGGAGGUGGAAAUGCAAUUCAAGCCAUUAUGCACUUCACUUACAGAACUAUGUGCCGUGAAAAACACUCGAUUCUGUCAAGGCUUAGUGAGGUAAAGGACCAGUGGACUGAGUACAUCACCUUUUGUGGCCUCAGAACUCAUUCCUGGCUCUCCGGGUCGCUCGUCACAGAGCUAAUCUAUGUUCACAGCAAGGCGCUCAUUGCUGAUGACCGCUGCUAUAUAAUUGGAUCAGCCAACAUCAAUGAUCGCAGCAUGCUGGGCAGCCGAGAUAGUGAGCUGGCAGUGUUUGUGGAAGAUCAAGAGAGGGUCCCAUCCAUCAUGGGAGGACAGGAAUAUGAGGCAGGACCGCUCUCGCUUGCUCUACGCAAAGAGUGUUUCAGGGUUCUGGUUGGAGCAACUUCAGACCCCAGCAUAAACAUCGAUGACCCAAUCAGUGAUCACUUCUUCUUCCUGACCUGGAAUGAAACUGCUAAACUUAACGCCACCAUUUACGACAAGGUUUUCAGAUGCCUUCCCUGCAACAGUGUUCACAACAUGCAGCAGCUGAAGAACUACUGCUGCCAGGAACACCUCUGCGACACAGACCCCGAGCAGGCGGCAGAGGAACUGAAGGCCAUCCGAGGGCUGCUGGUCCACUUUCCUCUGAAGUUCCUGUGUCAGGAAAACCUGCUGCCACCUCUGAACUGUAAAGAAGGCAUUGCUCCUACAGAGCUUUGGACAUAAACACAGGUCUACCCAGAUCACGCUGCUACAACAUGACACAGUUGUUGCUAACCUGUACCUAAAACCCAGCACAAUAAAUGAGUUAGAGCACUAGCCCACACAUUAAAUGAGUUUAUGUGUCAAUCCUAAAUCUAGUCUGGCUCAAAACACUAAAAGUUUUAUCAUUUGUUAGAAUAAUAGAUGAACUAUGAAAGGCCAGUUUAUUCAUGAUGUCUGUCACGUAACUUCUGCAAUGCAAUCUGACCGAAGGCACAGACAAUGGUGUAAACUUAUCUAAAUUAAUGUAUGACUCUGGAGGGCUGCACGGUUGUACUGAAAAUCAAGCAUGAUCUGGGAACAUAAUGUACAUUUACUGGUGCAAGAUUUUUAUUUUGGUGGGUGGCUCAGUCUCUUUCUCUCACGCGCUCUCCCUCUCUCCCUCUGAGGCUUCACCUAUCACUGCAGUGCCAGGAAACCUGUCAGAACAUUUGUGGUUGUUAUGGUGACGGAUAUAAAGAGAUGACUGGAUCGCAGCUGAAAUAAAGGCUCAAUAGGGCAGAAAAAGAGAGCGCUGAUAGGAGGGAUUGCUUACUAAAUCGGGAUGGUGUGCCAGGAAAAAAAGAGCGAUAUUUCUGAUAGGUUGUGUAGGGACUAGUUACUUCUGUGUCAUUUUUAAAUUUUAAUCUGGAAGAAAUGUGAGUGGAAAAAUAUAGCAGUGUUGUUGAAAUCCUGUUGGUUUUCGCAUCUCUUUACGCCACCGUCACAUCCAAAUGGACUGCCUGCAGUCCAGUACAGAACAUUCCACACACUCCUGGCAUCUUGCAGCUACUUCCGUAUUGUGUCUAGGAGCCAUGAAGAGUCUUGCGUGUCUACCUUAUGUUAUAUCUGCUCACAGGCAUGAGACAUUUAUUGAGGUCCAGCUGAGAAGUUACAUAAUGUGUCUGACACACUUCUUUCUCCCCAACUGCUCAGAUUGAUCACUUGUUGACCAAUAUGCAAAUCUCUUGCACUGGAUUUUUUUUUUUUUUUACUAUAUUGUUUAAUAAUUUGAGGAAAAACUGUACUUACUGUAUAUAACCAAUGACGUUUGUCACAUUAUAACCACAAACUUCAAUGUAUUUAUUUAUUAUUAGGAUUUUAUGUGAUAUCCCAACACAAACUUGAUCUUCUUCCAUGAAAAGGAAUGAGAAUAAUGCAUGGUUUUCAAUUUUUUUUGCAGAUAAAAAUCUGAAAGUAAUUCCUGCAGUGGUACCCCUUCACUCUGAUACCCCUAAAUAAAAUCCAGCGCAACCACAAUUGGUUCAAAAUUGACCUAUUUAGUGAAAUGCGAGUAUUUUCGCAUAGCACGGUAGAAGACAAAGAAAACAAAGGUUUUUACAAGUUUGAAAAGGGCUUGGAUAGUGUGAAGUCUAUUAGAACCGGUUUUAAAAUUUCUUUUUCCUUAAAAAUGUGUGGUUGAUUUUUUAUAUAAUUUUAUGAAUGGAACCUUGUUAGAUUUUUAGAGGAGAAAAUACUGAAUGGUUAUGUUCCUAACAGUGUCUGCAUUGUAUUUUUUUAGUGUACAAGGGGGUAAAACAUUAUUCACUAAUGUGCACAAUAUUCCAAGUUGUUUUCCAAGUUGAGUUGUACAAAAAGUCAAAUAAGAUUUGAUUCUUGCCAACAGCAUUUUUCUGGUGGUGUCAAGCUGGUGUGAUAAAUAUGACUGAUGGAUGACUUGUGUGAACUCUCUAAACACAAAGCUCAUUUUACAGAGGAGCCAGACAAAAACCAUGUGUGUUUAGACACAGAUGUUCUGCUGGUUCUAGAAAUAGUCACACCAUGAAGGAAAAAAAACCACUGAGUCUUUGCACAGCAGAAGCUGGCUCUUUUUUAAACUGUUUAAGUGUAGGAAAAAUAAAUGUUUAAAGUGCUACUCUUUGUUAUGGGUAAGCAGAAAUGCCUUUAACUGACCAAUAAGUGAUCUUACAAGGUUUCUGUUUCUAUUAAACUAAUAACCAGCCUUUCAGUUUUAUAAAUUUACUACUUGAUGAAUAUUUUUUAUGGCAUUUUAUCCAAAUCUAUAUUUACAAUUUAAAACAUUGUGGUCUAUAGAUACAAUAAAUGGGGCACUAACACUCAGGGUAGAUCCUUUUUUUUUGAUUGGCUUCUUAAAUAACUUUAAUAUAGUUAUAACAUUUACUGUAAACUGUUGUUUUUAUUUCUUCAUACUCGUCUUUUAAUGAAUGUUGGAUCAUAUCUGUUCUAAUCUUGUUUUGUAACCAAUAUAAUUGUUUAGACCUCUGUUGAAACCUUAACAUUUGCUGUUUAUUUUAUAGUAUAUUUGUUUAACCUUCAAUAAAAAAUAAAAUUCUGUGUAA